UUAGACCCAUGGUGCCUUACUAGGAGUUUAGAGCCCGAGUGACGGACCAAAGGGUCAAACUAGUACCGAGUAGUGGCCGGACUACGCGGUAGUCCGAGACAGGCCCGGGGACGGGUGGUGACAGCCAACGGCAAAUGAAAGGAACAGACCCGACGAAAAUACUAGUAAAAACCUACUGGGCCCAAAGUCAGGCGCCCGAAAAAUGCACUCAACGAGGGCUUUCCCCCCCUGGUCCAGCCUGUCUCAACUUGCAGCCGCUGACUGGUCGGCAGUCUCCUUAGCGCCCGCGCUAGAGAGCGCCCGCUCCUGGGCAGACAGAAGGGAUUGGUGCAUCUCAUCCACCCGUGUUGCGCAGAAAGGCCCGCUGGGCCCCAGUGACCGGCGAGUGGCCCGCCCUUGGUCUCCCUCUCUUUCAUCUCCAGUCCCUUUUCAUCUCCAUCCCGCCUCCUUACGCUCUUUCCUGUCCCAUCAUCGUGUGCCCUCUGUGUGCUCUAUAUCUGCAGUCACUCGUUAACCCCUCCGGGUCUUUCUCCUGAUCUCCUCCGGAACUUCUCCUGCUCGCCCUACAAGCCCAUCGGUACCCUCUGUCUGGGCUCUGUCGCGUUGGAAAUCUGACCCCU